AUGCAUGUGGAGGAGGCACCAACUUCGCAUGGGCUGUCCCAGUUCUUCAGCCACCCCAUGGCCCAGGUGCUGGAGUCUUCUGCUGCUAAUGCUGCCCGCCUGCUCCCACUGUCCAAAAGUCAUCCGUUUAUCCACGAUCUCAGCUACGGCUCCCUCGAACCAGAACUCAGCGACAAAAGCCUGUUCCCUUCUUUGUAUCAGACGCUACAUUUCUUUCUAAAGAGCACCUCAUUCAACAACAGUGAGGGGGAGACAGUGCAUUUUGAUGAAAAUGGACAAUUAAUUGCAGAAUUUGAUAUUGCAAACUGGGUGACCUUCCCAAAUAACUCCGUGAUGAGAGUGAAAGUGGGAAGUGUGGAUCCCUGGGCUCCUCCUGGAAAAGAGUUAACAAUUGAGGAUAACAGCAUCAUGUGGCAUAGAAGGUUCAAUCAGAUGCUACCCCUUUCUGUUUGCAAUGACAACUGCCAUCCUGGGUUCAACAGGAAGAAGAAGGAAGGGGAGCCAUUUUGCUGUUAUGAUUGUACUCCUUGUCCAGAAGGGAUGAUCUCUGACCAGAAAGAUAUGGAUUCUUGUAUCAACUGUCUGGAAGAUGGCUAUGCAAAUGCAGAACACAAUCAGUGCAUUCCCAAGAGCAUAAACUGCCUAUCCUAUGAAGAAAAUCUGGGGAUCGGUUUAGCUUGGUCUGCUACUUGUUUGGCUCUGAUCACAGCUUUGGUGACUGUACUAUUUAUGAAACAUCAGGAAACUCCCAUAGUCAAAGCCAAUAACCAGAGUCUCACUUAUACUCUUCUUAUUUCUCUCCUCCUUUGCUUUCUCUCCUCCUUGCUAUUCAUUGGGCAGCCUACGAAGGUGGCCUGCCUUCUCCGACAAACUGCUUUUGGCAUCAUCUUCUCUGUGGCCCUUUCUAGUAUCUUGGCUAAAACUAUCACUGUAGUUCUGGCCUUCAUGGCUACCACACCAGGAAUGGCUAUGAGAAAAUGGACGAGGAAAAGAUUGGGGAAAUCUAUUGUCCUUUCAUGUUCCUUUAUUCAAGUAGGCAUUUGUGCUCUUUGGUUAAGCAUUUCUCCCCCAUUUCCAGAGGAUGACAUGCAUUCAGUGCCUGAAGAAAUUAUACUGGGAUGCAAUGAGGGCUCAGCCGCUAUGUUUUACUGUGUCCUGGGCUAUAUGGGCUUCCUGGCAGUGGUCAGCUUCACUGUGGCAUUUCUUGCCAGGAAGUUACCUGACAGUUUCAACGAAGCCAAGUUUAUCACCUUCAGCAUGUUGGUCUUUUGCAGUGUUUGGUCAUCCUUUGUGCCAGCCUACCUGAGUACCAAAGGGAAAUCUAUGGUGGCUGUGGAGAUCUUCUCCAUCUUAUCCUCUAGUGCCGGCUUACUGGGUUGCAUUUUCUUCCCUAAAUGCUACAUCAUUGUGCUGAGGCCAGAUAUGAACAGCAGGGAACAAUUCAUAAGGAAAAGAAAGUAA